GUUUUACAGUGAAGCUGGUCCUGGUAGCCAUGAUUGUGUUGGCACAAGCGCAUCGGGUGGUGCCCUCGCCAGUAAUCGUCCACUCUCGUUAUCCACAACGACGAACCGUGUGCUCGUGCUCGCCUUUCCCUAGCACUUCAUAUUUUUCUAAAUUAUCCGCUUCAAGGCCCUGUGGUGGUCGAAAGGCGAAUGCGAGUUGUUACGCCAAUCGAGAAUGCAACGAAGAACAAAAGCAAGUAUCGGAGGAAGAAGAAGAAGAGGACUAUCAAGUGCUCACAGCUGUGAGAAGCAAGUAUAACGACAUUGUAAUUGUGGACACCCCCAAAUCCCGGGUCCUGCUCCUCGACUCAACUCAUAAUGUUCAUAGCAUUAUCAACAAAGAUAGCAAAUGGACUGACUCUUAUUGGGAUGAUUUUGCUGCAUUGCCACCUAUUGUUCCGGAAGGUCCUAUUGCCAUGCUUGGCUUGGGUGGUGGAACUGCUGCACACUUGAUGCUGGACUUGUGGCCUUCAUUGCAGCUUGAAGGUUGGGAAAUCGAUGAAAUUUUGAUUGAUAAAGCAAGGGAAUAUCUAGGACUAUCUGCUCUUGAGAAGCAUACUGAAGCUGGUGGUGUACUAAAAGUGCACAUUGGUGAUGCCCUUUCACCGUCUGGGAAUAUUUCUGGAGCCUAUGCUGGCAUCAUCAUUGAUUUGUUUUCUGAUGGAAAGGUUUUGGAACAGUUGCAAGAGGUUACAACUUGGUUGGAAUUGAAUGAUAGAUUGAUGCCCAACGGACGGCUCAUGGUGAACUGUGCUGGUGGAGAUUCUGAUAUUACGAAUGGAGAAAUCCAUCCUCAAUCAGUUGAUGGUACUUGGAUACAAAAUUCUACAAUCAAGACACUCUCUAAAGCCUUUCCUGGAAAUUUAUGUUGGAAGAGAAUACCGAACGCACAAGGGGAAAACUUUCUUGCCCUUACAGGUCCUUUGCCAGAUUUGACCGCAUGGUCUACAAUGGUCCCUGUCCAGUUGAGCCAAAAUGUGAAGCAAUGGAAGCUUAUUGAGCAAACUGCAUGUUAAUAAAUGCUUGAAGAUUUGAAGCGGCUCCAGUCCAGUUAUAGGUGAUCAAAGAAUCUAUAACGAGACCCAUUGGCUUGAUGACCAUGAAAGAAUUAUUGUAAAUAUGUUGAUUCUAAUGAUUCAUGUAUUUUUCCAUAUCCAUAUUCCCAUCAGAGACUAUUGUCUUCAA